AUGGUCGGAAGAAUGUUGAGGUGGUCCCUCGAGCUAUCCGAAUUUGACAUACAAUACGAAGGUAGGAAGGCGCUGAAAGCUCAGGCGCUGGCCGAUUUCGUAGCCGAGAUGGCCUCAAUCUCUAACUCCCCGACAUCCACCAAAAAUAAGUGGACCAUCUAUGUGGAUGGCGCCUCGAGCAGCUCAGGGAGCGGAGCCGGCAUUAUCCUAGAAAACGACGAGGGGCUCAUCAUAGAAGUAUCCCUAGUUUUGUCUUUCACCACGUCGAACAACCAGGCCGAAUACGAAGCUCUCUUAGCGGGCUUACGACUCGCCGAAGACGUGGGUGCUCGGGAGGUCAAGAUUUACACCGACUCCCAACUCGCCGCAUCCCAAAUUAGCGGCGAUUACCAAGCCAAAAACGACAUCCUCGCCGAGUACCUCACGCUCGUCAAGGAUAAGAUGAAAAGAUUCUCAAAGGCAGAAGUCGAGCAUAUUCCCCGGGAGCACAACUCACGGGCCGACGUGUUGUCCAAACUCGCGAGCACGAGAAAGAAAGGCGGAAACAAGUCGGUGAUCCAGGAAAUCCUAUCCAGACCGAGCAUAGACAAAAGCGCACAAACCCUACAAGUGCUCGCCAUCGGCGAUGACCACUGCUGGAUGACUCCGGUAUAUAACUACCUCACGAAGGACGAACUUCCAUCCGACGCGAAAGAAGCCUCAGCGAUCAAAAGGCGAGCCUGCUCGUACACUAUCGUCGAGAACAAACUGUACCGACGAGGUUUCUCCAUUCCUCUCCUUAAAUGUGUCGAUGCCUCGCAAGCACUCGAGAUACUUCGAGAGCUUCACGAAGGGAUCAACGGUCAACACCUCGGCGGCCGAUCGCUAGCGAGAAAAGCCCUCAGGGCCGGGUAUUACUGGCCGACCAUGCAGCAAGACGCCAAGGAGCACGUCCAGAAAUGCGAUAAAUGCCAGCGCCACGCCGACAUGCACUUAGCUCCCCUAAACGAGCUUAAGUCUUUGUCCUCGCCCUGGCCCUUCUCCACGUGGGGGAUGGACCUCCUCGGACCAUUCCCAGUCGGGUCAUACCAAAAUAAAUAUCUAGUGGUCGCUGUCGACUACUUCACUAAAUGCAUAGAAGCCGAAGCGCUCGCAAAGAUCACGUCUCAAAACGACGACGCCCCACUCAAGCACGGGUGA